UCCUUUCACCCUCAAAACACAAAUCCCCUCUUUUUCUGCUUCCAAUUAUCCCUUGUUUUUUGUUUGUUCUUCAGCCCAUGACGACGUCGUCGUUUGGAGUUGCUGCGAGUCACUGAAGUACCACAACGUUCAGAUGCCUAGCUCUCGCGGCUUGAGGUCUGUAUCUGCAUGUUGUUCUUUAGAAUAUGGAGAUGGUUUUCACAUGUGCAAGCUUCCUGGAAUAAAAAAGAAAAGUGCAACUGAAAUAUGAUAUGUUCUACCACUGAUUGCAUCAAUCAAAGAUGGCAUGUCUGUGGAGCAAGAUUUAUUUUUAUUUAGUAACGGAGAAUUAGGUCUUGCCAUAUAAUAUAUUCAACCCUGCAGGCCCAUCUGAAAUUAAAUAACUCGGUGCAAUGAAUCUUAGCAUGGUUAAUAAUUCUUCUUCACCUCAUCCUAGAUGGAGAAAAGUAGCAUAUGGCGGUAUGCAACCUGGUUAUGAUGACAAUCAUACUGACGAAUCUUUCCUUGAAGGAAUGGUCAUGAAUGCCAGUGUUGUAAAAAGGGACAUGCUAAAGGUGAUGCUGGACUCGGUUUCCAUCUCUGAAUAUUUGUGCAUUGUUGCUCUUGUUGUCUUUGUCUGGACUUGUACACUCACAUCAACUAUUGAUGAAAAUUAUCUCCUUUUUAUUGAUGUAAGUCUUCUUGUUUCAGGUUUUCUAAUUCUCCUUUUUACCCAAGAAAUGCUUUCCCUUAGCCUUCUCCUCCAUUAUUUCCUCAAUAUCUCCUUUUUCAUAACUGCGUUAUAUGUUUUGGCUCCCAUCUAUCAAACUCUUACAAGGUCCAUUAGUUCAGAUUCCAUUUGGGCAGUAAAUGCAUCACUUAUCAUACUUCACCUUUUUCUGCAUGACUAUUCAGAAUCCACCGUCAAAGCCCCCGGGGUUCUGAAGAAUCCUGCAUUGACCAGCUGUAUCUCUGUAAAUGCUUCUGUAGUUGCCUCUGUUUUUAUUGCCUCUCGCCUUCCAUCAAGACUACAUGUGUUCGCUAUCAUGUUAUUCUCAUUGCAGGUUUUCCUUUUUGCUCCACUGGUUACUUACUGUAUUAAAAAGUAUUCCUUCCGCUUGCACCUAUGCUUUUCUAUCAGUUUGAUGGCCAUGACAUUAAGUUUUGUGUACAUGCUGCAUCGCUUACUUUUUGUGCUGCUGCUGAGUUUAUUAGUUUUUGUCAACGUGGUCUGCCCUUAUUGGCUUAUAAGGAUUCAGGAAUACAAGUUUGAGAUCAAUGGGCCAUGGGAUGAGGCUAAGCUUUGUUUUGAUAUCACUGACUGAAAUCAGAAAUUGGUUGAUGUGGCACUGUAGUAGUACCUUGUGAGCUGUUUACGUGGAGUAUAAUUUGUUGAAUACUUGGUCAGUGUUUAAGUUUUAUAGUUGAUGGGAAGGUCCUUGCCGUUCAUGUCAAGGAUGGUAACAAAAUGACGUUUGUAUUCAUUCUUUAGAAUGAUAAGUAUGAUGGUUUAAAAAUUCCUUGGGUACAAAGGAGGUACGUUCAAGAUUUAGAGCACCAUUCAUUGUUGACACAUUCAACCGCCUUGUUUCGCAAUUAACAGUUGACUUUUUUCUUUCAAG